CGCGAGCGGCGCAUUGUGCGCGGCGGCGGGGCCGGGGCCAUGGAGCGGUGGACCGGGCGCGUCGCGCUGGUCACCGGUGCUUCCGUGGGCAUCGGCGCGGCCGUGGCGCGGGCGCUGGUGCAGCACGGCAUGAAGGUGGUGGGCUGCGCACGCAGCGUCGAUAAGAUCGAGAAAUUGGCAGCUGAAUGCCAGAGUGCUGGCUACCCAGGGACCCUCAUACCUUACAAGUGUGACCUCUCCAAUGAAGAGGAGAUCCUGUCCAUGUUCUCUGCCAUCAAGACCCUUCACCAAGGAGUUGAUGUCUGCAUCAACAACGCUGGGCUGGCUCGCCCAGAGCCCCUGCUUUCGGGGAAGACAGAGGGCUGGAGGACGAUGAUAGAUGUCAAUGUGAUGGCUGUGAGCAUCUGCACCCGAGAAGCCUACCAGUCCAUGAAAGAGAGAAACAUUGAUGAUGGGCAUAUAAUUAACAUUAACAGCAUGAAUGGCCACAGCGUUGUGCCACAGUCGGUGGUGCACUUUUACAGUGCCACCAAGUACGCGGUGACAGCCCUCACGGAGGGGCUCAGGCAAGAACUCAGAGAAGCAAAGACUCACAUACGAGCUACAUGUAUAUCUCCAGGACUGGUGGAAACAGGAUUUGCUUUUAAACUUCAUGAUAAUGACCCCGAGAGAGCUGCUGCAACCUAUGAGAGCAUUCGGUGUCUCAAAGCUGAAGACAUGGCUAACGCUGUCAUAUAUGUCCUCAGUGCCCCACCUCAUGUACAGAUUGGAGACAUACAGAUGAGGCCCACGGAGCAGAUUUCCUAGCACACGAAGAGGACUUUGGGUGUAUCCACUCCGCCUGGAACCCUCUGGCAAUGUUAGGGUGUCGGCAGCUGGCUAGCAACCUUGUAAUCAAGUACUGAGGAUCAUGUCUGAAGAAUUCUUUUUCUCUCCCUCUUUCUGAGCUGGUGCUGGUGCUGAGCCAGUUUAAAAAGAAAUUGUAGUGGGUCUCUUUCUCCCCCACUCCUUUCUGAAACUGCUUAAGAGGAAAACGUAUUUGAAAAUAAUGCAGGGAAGUGGUUUGUGGAAGAUCAUUGUCUCCAGGCUGGUUUAUUCUUCCUUUUGUUUUCCUUUCAAGGUUU